AUGACUGACUUUCCAUCUAGUGCUAGUUUGCUGCUAGUCUUCUGGAUCAUCGAGCAAUACGGGCUGGGUCCCGAUGCUAAUGAGCAGAUGCUCAUUUUUACACCAAAAGCACUCUUCUUUGAUGACGUCAUUUCAUUACCCGAUGAUGGUGAUGAUGAUGAUGAUGAUGAUGAUGAUGAUGAUGAUGAUGAUGAUGAUGAUGAUGAUGGUGAUGAUGGUGAUGAUGGUGAUGAUGAUCGUGAAUCAAUUCGUCAGUGA